UCCCAUCCGGGAAAUGUCAGCGGGAACAGUAAUGUUAGCUAACGGCUAGGUAUAACAGCUAGUUAGCAGCUUUCUAAAAUACAGAUUCAUUUAGCUUCCACGUACGCCUGUUUCUGCUUUGGAAGGCGAUGUCUCGGCCUCUAUUUGGAGGUGCCUUGUCGGCUACUAUUCCCCCUAACUCCAAAGAUAUCAGUGAGUUACGGGAGAUUCCUGAUAACCAGGAGGCAUUUGCACACACUCAGACAGACCAGAGCAUUAUCAUUGAGCUGCUGGAGUACCAGAACCAUGUGGAGGACACACAGGCAGCAAGGUAUCACUUUGAGGAUCUGGCUGGUGAUAAUAAGUCAUCGGCCACUGGCUCAUGGGAGGUGUGUGGGGUGGAGCCUCUUCUUCAAUACCAGCUGGAGUGCAGUUCUGCCUGGCUGCUCUCUGGAGCUCAGCUUAUUUCCAAGUUCAGUGAGGAGGCAAAGAACACUGUAAACAUUCACCUGGGGUUGUUCCGCCUACCACAGUACUCCACAGAUAUUCUGGUUACCUUCAAUGACCCAGUUAUUAUUAGUCACCUCAGUAGUAGCAGCUGUGCAUUAAGUGGAUCAGCUGCAACAGCCUGGACACUGCAGGACUUCCAUACUCUACUUCAGUCUUUACGCCUGCUUGAUCCUGGAGUGUUUGGAUAAGAGUCCUGUACGCACAGAGAUGGGUCAGUUUAAACAUAAGGGGAUUUCUGAGAGGUUGGACAAAGUGGAACCCUUUGAAGACACGGAUGUUAUGUAGACACCGUUAAGUAGAUCAUCUUCCAUAGGAAAGUGCCCAAUGAAUCAGAGCUGCCCACAAGAGUUCAAGUUCACUGUGUGUUUAUAUCUUUGUAUAUGUAUUUUUAUUGGUUCGAUCCUGAAUUGCUUACUCCUUUGAGAGGCCUAUCCGAGUAAGCUGUUUACAUGCUGUGAUUAAAAAAAAAAGAUUGUAGUAAAUACCAGACUCACAUCUAUGAAAGGAGAUCUAGCUGAUGCUGUGUACAUUUAUUCUGAGUCAAACACAUUUCUUUGGACACUUUAGUAACCAGAGCACAAACAUUGUUUCCAGUGACAGUGCUUCUCCUAUUGAGAGAAGUAGGGUGUAGUUCCAUUACAGAUUACUGGAUAACUAAAAGAUCGUUUGUAACCUUUAAGCUUGUAAAUUCACAAUCCCUUAUAUGACUUCCUUGACAAUUGAUUUAGCUUUAGAAUAAUGCAACAGGUUUUGCAGCCUUGUGCAUUUAGUUUCCACCUAAAACUUGCACAUUCAAGGAGGAAAAAAGUCAGACACAUUAUUGCAAACAUUUUAUUUACCUUUCAUUACCCACUAUCAAGAGAAAAAACAAAGUAACAAGCUCCACUAUACUACUGUUUUUACCAUCUCAUUUCAGGAGUUCAAUGACUUAUCUUAUGUUCAGUGCAGUUCUAUCCAGUGAGCACAGAGUAAGUGACAACUCCUUCUAUAACAGGAAAACUGACCUUACUCUGCAAAUGACGCUGUAAAAUCAGGCAUCUCUCACUGCUCUGGGGGAUAAUACAGACCUAAAGGAAUUCUACAUAAAAUCUGCAACUCAUUGAA